AUGGAAAAUAAUAAACCCUUAGAUAAAUUCGCCUCCCAAAUGCUGGAUAGUGCCAUUCAAGGAAUUAAUCAAGCGGCGGCCGCCAAACAAAAAGAAAUUAAUUAUUGGAAAGACAAAGUCCAAGCUCGACUAACUAACCAACAACUUUUAAGAAUUUUAGGAGAAAGGAUUGCCCGCGAAGAGAUUAACUUCUUAAAUCCUUAUUUAUUUGUCGAGAAGAAAGGUCAAAAAACUGUUUUGAUAUCUUUAAAAGAUGGUCAGACCAAAUUUGCUUUAAAAUCUUUGGCAAAAAGACUUGAAUUCGCUACCGGCAAGGCUACACCCGAGCUCGUUAUGCGGUUAAUUACUUUUAUCCUACUUGCGGAAUAA